GAAUCGGAUACGUUCAAUUACCUGGAACUGACAUUAAAUAAUCAAAAGCCACGUACGCCUGUGCUGGACUGUCAGCUUGGCUACUGUUUAAGCCCUCUGCCGAAAGAUGUGAAAGAUCAUGAAUACUUUCUGAAGAAAUACCGGCGCUCCAUCAUAAACUGGGUGGUGCAGUCAAGUGCCGUUGAUUUCCUGCACCUGCUCAUUGUUUGCAUGAAAUGGCUCUGUGAAACUUUCCAAAUUGAAGCUCGAUUUGCUCUUUCGAUUCACGAUGAAGUGGUGUCCUAUAAGUGUGAAUCGGAUACGUUCAAUUACCUGGAACUGACAUUAAAUAAUCAAAAGCCACGUACGCCUGUGCUGGACUGUCAGCUUGGCUACUGUUUAAGCCCUCUGCCGAAAGAUGUGAAAGAUCAUGAAUACUUUCUGAAGAAAUAUCGGCGCUCCAUCAUAAACUGGGUGGUGCAGUCAAGUGCCGUUGAUUUCCUGCACCUGCUCAUUGUUUGCAUGAAAUGGCUCUGUGAAACUUUCCAAAUUGAAGCUCGAUUUGCUCUUUCGAUUCACGAUGAAAUUAGGUAUAUUGUACCGACUGAGGAUCGUUACCGAUGUGCACUGGCAUUGACCAUAAGCAACAUGUAUGUGCGCGCAAUGAUUUCGCAAAAAUUAGGCAUCAAUCAGUUGCCAAUGUCCGUUGCCUUCUUCAGUCAAGUGGAUAUUGAUCGUGUACUCAGAAAAGAAGUUGACUUAGCGUGUAAAACGCCCGGCGGCGAAGGAAUUCCUCCCGGUAUGUGCUCCUUACUUGCGCAUAAACAUGCAGAACAAUGCAUAUAUUAG